AUGAUGGCUACCUUAUCAACACCAUGUAUCUCAGCACCCACACCAGUACCACCACCCACACCCACCAAAUUUACACUCCCAGGCACGCACCUACUGUAUGUCACAGUUGUGGCCCGUUAUGAAAGUUAUCUCCGUUAUGAAACAUGUGCAACCCUCAUAGACAGUAAGGAGACUCGGAGUCGUUGUUUUAGUAAAAUGAAAGUGUUGUGA